CGCGUCAGGGUCGUCCUCCUCUACUAGCGGCGGCGCGCGCGAAUAGUUGCCGGCGUUCUGUGAGGACACUCCGAAGGGCGAGGGGCGGGCUUGGCCCUCCGGUGUCUAGCUUUCCGUUUUCUCCCGGAGCCUGGUAAAACGUGGUUCUGGAAACCCCCAGAAACGAGUGUGGACUGUAGUUACAAAGUAUGAUGACUGCAAAAGUGGUUCCUAGGCCCCCAAAGCCAAAGCAGUCCUUUAUACUGAGAGUUCCACCAGAUUCCAAGCUGGGCCAAGACCUACUUCGAGAUGCUACUAGUGGGCCCAAGACCAUCCACCAGCUAGUUCUGGAGCACUUUCUUACUUUCUUGCCUAAGCCAAGCCUGGCCCAGCCCAGUCAGAAAGUCAAGGAGACCUUGGUUAUCAUGAAAGAUGUGAGCUCAAGCCUUCAGAACAGAGUGCAUCCUCAUUCCUUAGUGAAGCUCCUUCCCAGAGAAGGAGUCCAGCAGCAACAGGAGAUACCUUCUCGAUGUUUGAAAGCUGACCCUGAUGAGCCAGUUGUGUUUGAAGACUUGAACAUAUUUCACUCCCAAGAAGAAUGUGUGAGCUUGGAUCCUGGUCAACAACCUACCUCAGAGAAGGAAGAUAAUAAUGAUGUGGGGGAGAUGAUGUUACUGGUCAAUGACAGUAAUCCUGGGGAUGAUGAUUUUCAGAAAGAAUGUGUGGAGAAUGGAGAUAGUGGAGAAAAGUCUUUAGAUUGUGAUGAAAUGGAUUGUUCCUUGGUCUCUGAGCAACCUCUAGACUGCCAAGAAGAAGAAAGACUGAAUACAUCUGUUUCAAAGAAAAGGAAAAUGAGAAAUCUUUUAGUUACCAUUGAAAAUGAUACUCCACUAGAAGAACUUUCAAAAUAUGUGGAUAUCAGUGUUAUUGCACUUACUCGAAAUCGGAGAACAAGGAGAUGGUACACUUGUCCACUCUGUGGGAAGCAGUUUAAUGAAAGUUCUUACCUUAUUUCCCACCAGCGGACUCAUACUGGAGAAAAACCCUAUGACUGUAGUCACUGUGGGAAAAGCUUCAAUCAUAAAACAAACCUCAAUAAACAUGAACGAAUCCAUACAGGAGAGAAACCUUAUUCCUGUUCUCAGUGUGGGAAAAACUUUCGUCAGAAUUCUCAUCGGAGUCGCCAUGAAGGAAUCCACAUAAGGGAGAAGAUAUUUAAGUGUCCAGAAUGUGGGAAAACCUUCCCCCAAAAUGAAGAAUUUGUGCUUCAUCUGCAGAGUCAUGAGGCUGAGAGGCCAUAUGGUUGUAAAAAAUGUGGGAGAAGAUUUGGUAGGUUGUCAAACUGUACCCGGCAUGAGAAAACCCACUCAAAAUGUAAGACUCGAAAGCAGAAGUGAUGUUAGGAAAGGUCUUAUGGUCCUAUCUGAACCUGAAAAGUUUCAUAAGGAAUUCUGAAUUCCCAGGCUGCCUAAAAAAAUACAGAUAUGUGAAAACCUCAUAAUAGUCAAAAUUGGGUAAAUACCAAUCUUGGCUGAAACCUCAGACUAUUAGAAAAUUCACAGGGAAAGAAACAUCUUCAAGGGCUAUACCUCAGCAUCUAGUCUCUUUGACCUAAGGAACUUUCUUUUGUGACAUUGUGCAAGAAUGUACAAAUCACAGAUCCCUACCCCCAAGAAAGACUUUGAAUAUGAGUUUGGAGGCUGUUUACUUGCAAGGUGAACAGAGUGACUCUUACCUACUGAAAGUAUAUCCAUCUUCCCUUUCCCAUGGGAAUUUAUACUUGAGAAAUACUUGAGUUCCUUAUCUGGAACUGUGUUCUCUUGAAAGAACCAAACUACUGAUUUGUUAAGCCAGUAGAUUCUAACAGCAAUUCAUAUAUUCCUCUCAGAAAUACCUAUUAAGUCUUUUUUUUUUUUUGUAGAGACAGAGUCUCACUGUACCGCCCUCGGGUAGAGUGCUGUGGCGUCACAUGGCUCACAGUAACCCCCAACUCUUGGGCUUAUGUGAUUCUCCUGCCUCAGCCUCCCGAGCAGCUGGGACUACAGGCGCCCGCCACAACGCCUGGCUAUUUAUUAAGUCUUGAAUGUUGAAAGGAAUUGUUUGCUUUGGAAUACAGGAAAAUACAGCAAUUGAAUGUCUCACUUUUAUUUGUAUGUGGUCUAAACUAAUGAUCAAUUUCAAUAACAAUUUGUGGUGAAAAUUGACUUUUAUAGAAAUUCUUUUUAUAACAUAAUUUAAAGGUGUUCACUGUUCUUACUAUAUUUGUUCACCUGUUAAUCUCAAACAGCUGUCUCAUGCCUCUCCUUGCUGAAAGAAGUUUGGUGCAUCCAGCCCCACUACUAGAAAAGCUCUUCAGAAUUUUGUUCCUCUGCUGAGCGUGGAUCUCACAUGCUGGGAAGGAAGCUCAAAGAGUUUGGAGAGGAGGGGCAGACCUGGAGACAAGAAAAAGUUGCUUGGAUCCAUGUCUGGUCAUUGACUUUACCAUACGUUUAAGUGCCCUCUACAUAGUCAUCAGACCCUUGAGAAUGAGGUGGUCACUACCUCAUAAGGCAAAAUGUUGUGUAUUUACAAAUUAAAUCUCCAGUGGUUAGCUCAUAUUGCCUCCAAGAGACAUAAUGCCAUGUGUCAUCAUCAUAGUGGACUUUUGUUAGUCUUUGGCCUCCUGAUAACUCAGACCUUCCUGUCUUCUCUGCCUAGAGGCAAGGCCAGCAGUGCCUUUAUGGGACCAAUCCUAUGGUACGACUUAGGGACUCAAUCAGUUUUACGUUUCCCAAAGUUUUACAUUGGUAUUUUGAUUGAAUGGAUUAAUUCUAUAAACUAUUUGGGAAAAAUUAACUGCAGAUUUUGUUUCCAUCUAGAAACAUGCCUUUCUUUUUAUUAGAGUCUUACAUUCCUGAGUGAAUUUUUUUAAUUAUCUUCACUUAAGUUCUAAACAAUUUUAUUGUAAAUAGCUUUUUCCAUUAUAUUUUUCUAGUUAUUUCUCUACAUAGGAAAGUUAUUUUUAAUUAUAUAUUUGUAUAACAAGCCACCUCACUGAAUGUUCUUAAUUUCCAAUAAUUUCUUGGUUUAUUAGUUCUGUUUGUGGUAAAAUUAUAUCAUCCACAAAUAAUAGUUUUGGUGUUUUUUUCCUUCUGUUUAUUGGUCUGUUUUGGGUUUUGGGCUUUUUAUACAUGUAAUUCUAGAGUUUAUUGGUUUGGUACAAACCAUUCUGAAAGAAGGAAAUUUUAUGAUACAAUUCAGUCCUGAAUCAUAAAUUAAAAAC